AUGUCUGCUUCAAUGAGGGUCUUGCUCCAUCUCCUCACGUACUUGUGGAUAGCUCAAUCGGCAAUCAAUGAGAUCUCAAUCCCAAAGGUAGAUCUCCUACAGGUUGAUCCUGCUCCCCAACGUUGCAAUCGCACACAGCCAACCAUAUCCAGCGACGGUGGGGAUUCGAUGCUGCAGCCAGACACCAAUUCUGGGGAUUUUGAUGAUAGGCACGUCAUCCUGAGGGCAUGUUGUUUGUGCAAAUCACCAGAUAUCUCGUAUGGCGUCGUCGGGGCUGAGGGGGAGCGAAGGUGGAAAGCGUUCUUGUGUCUAGAGCAUGUCAAAGCUGUCAGAUGCGCUGGGAAUUCUGAUACCAUCUCCUUGACCUCUCUCCGUGGGAAGUGUCAGACCUGCGCCAAGAAGGCUACCUUCGGUCCCGUGGGCGCCCCUGGCAGGUGUGCGAUGUUUUGCUUGCAGCACAAGCCUGCCACGUUUGUGGACGUGGUGAACCCGACAUGCAUCUCGAAAGGAUGCAAAAAGCGCCCGGUGUUCGGGAAGCGAGAAUCAGGAGUGGCCUUGUAUUGCUCUCAUCAUCGGCCAGACGAUUGUGUUGAUGUUAAGAACGCAAAGUGUGCUUUCCCCUCUUGUACCAAGAAUCCUUCCUUCGGGUAUCGGGCCAAAGGGUGUGUGGAUGGGGAUGCAAGAAUGUGGUGUGCUCAGCACAAGACCGCUGAUAUGCUGGAUCUGCGCCAUCGAAGGUGUUUGUAUCCAGAAGGAUGCGUAAAAAGAGCGUGCUUUGGUAGCGAGAUCGAUGGGUUAGCGGUUGCUUGUUUCGAGCACCGAAUCGAGGGGCAUGUGGAUAUGGCACAUACGAAUCGGCAAACACGGAAACUGCAGAAGACUUUUUUGAGGUGUGGUCGUGCUUGCCGAGCCAAGCAGGGAGCAGCAGGAGCAGCUCUCAGGAAGUGA